GGGGCGGGAGCGGCCAGCGGGCGGCGGGCACGGGUGGCGGGCACGGGCGGCACGAGCAGGUGGGAGCCGCCGAGGGGCGAGGCCGCCCGCGGGGGCGCCGGGCGGCGGGGACUGCGCCGCGCCCCUGUCCGCGGUGCGCGCUCGCGGUGCGCACCGGGCGUCCUCGACUCUCGCGCGCCCAGCCUGCUCGGGCCCUACCUGCGGCGGCCGUCGGGGGCGCGGAGCCCCCAGCGCUGCCGAGCCGCAUGAACAAUAGGCGGCGGCGGCUCCCGCGGGCGGCCGCCCCGCACCCUAUGGACCGGCCGCUCCAUGGAGUCCUCCAGAUCGCUUCUCGGCUGCCCGGCGAGCGCCGCUGCCGCCCCGCCGGGGGAGGAUGCCACGGGCGCUGGGGCCGAAGAGGAGGAGGACGAGGAGGAGGCGGCGGCCGAGCUGGGGUCUCACGCCGCGCUGCCCUACUGGACGGCGGUGUUCGAGUACGAGGCGGCGGGCGAGGACGAGCUGACCCUGCGGCUGGGCGAUGUGGUGGAGGUGCUGUCCAAGGACUCGCAGGUGUCCGGCGAUGAGGGCUGGUGGACCGGACAGCUGAACCAGCGGGUGGGCAUCUUCCCCAGCAACUACGUGACCCCGCGCAGCGCCUUCUCCAGCCGCUGCCAGCCCGGCGCGGAGGACCCCAGCUGCUACCCGCCCAUUCAGCUGUUAGAGAUUGAUUUUGCGGAGCUAACCCUGGAAGAGAUCAUCGGCAUUGGGGGCUUUGGGAAAGUCUACCGUGCUUUCUGGGCGGGCGAUGAGGUGGCUGUGAAAGCAGCUCGUCACGACCCUGAUGAGGACAUCAGUCAGACCAUAGAGAACGUUCGCCAAGAGGCCAAGCUCUUUGCCAUGCUGAAACACCCAAACAUCAUUGCCCUCAGAGGGGUGUGCCUGAAGGAACCCAACCUCUGCUUGGUCAUGGAGUUUGCCCGUGGAGGGCCUUUGAACAGAGUAUUAUCUGGGAAGAGGAUUCCCCCGGACAUCCUGGUGAACUGGGCUGUGCAGAUCGCCAGAGGGAUGAACUACCUACACGAUGAGGCGAUCGUACCCAUCAUCCACCGAGACCUUAAGUCCAGCAACAUAUUGAUCCUGCAGAAAGUGGAGAAUGGAGACCUGAGUAACAAGAUUCUGAAGAUCACCGACUUUGGGCUGGCACGGGAAUGGCACCGGACAACCAAGAUGAGUGCGGCAGGAACGUAUGCUUGGAUGGCACCUGAAGUCAUCCGUGCUUCCAUGUUUUCCAAAGGCAGCGAUGUGUGGAGCUAUGGAGUACUGCUUUGGGAGCUGCUGACUGGCGAGGUGCCCUUCCGGGGCAUUGAUGGCUUAGCAGUGGCUUACGGUGUGGCCAUGAACAAACUUGCCCUUCCUAUCCCUUCUACAUGCCCAGAGCCUUUUGCCAAACUCAUGGAAGACUGCUGGAAUCCUGACCCCCACUCACGUCCAUCUUUCACAAGUAUCCUGGACCAACUAACAACUAUAGAAGAAUCUGGUUUCUUUGAGAUGCCCAAGGACUCCUUCCACUGCCUGCAGGAUGACUGGAAACAUGAGAUUCAGGAGAUGUUUGACCAACUCAGGGCCAAAGAAAAGGAGCUCCGAACCUGGGAGGAGGAGCUGACUCGGGCUGCGCUCCAGCAGAAGAACCAGGAGGAACUGCUUCGGCGUAGGGAGCAGGAGCUGGCUGAGCGGGAGAUUGACAUCCUGGAACGAGAGCUCAACAUCAUCAUCCACCAGCUGUGCCAGGAGAAGCCCAGGGUGAAGAAACGCAAGGGCAAGUUCAGGAAGAGCCGCCUGAAGCUCAAGGAUGGCAACCGCAUCAGCCUCCCCUCUGAUUUCCAGCACAAGUUCACGGUGCAGGCCUCCCCAACCAUGGAUAAAAGGAAGAGUCUGGCCAGCAACCGAUCGAGUCCUCCUGCAAGCCCCACCAUCAUCCCUCGCCUUCGAGCCAUCCAGUUGACACCAGGUGAAAGUAGUAAAACCUGGGGCCGGAGCUCGGUUGUUCCAAAAGAGGAAGGGGAGGAGGAGGAGAAGAGGGCCCCAAAGAAGAAGGGCCGGACAUGGGGACCAGGAACGCUUGGGCAGAAAGAGCUCACGUCAGGAGAUGAAGGAGUGAAUGGCUUUGGAAGCUUAAGCAUGCGAGAUAGAAGCUUGGAAGGAGAAGCUGAGAAACAUUAUGAGUGGAGUGGCCGGGGCCAUUUCUGCUGGUUCAUCUGCCCCAUGCUUGCCUUGCACUGCAGCCUCAAGUCCCUGGUAGACGGAUACAAGCAGUGGUCAUCCAGUGCCCCCAACCUGGGGAAGGGCCCGAGGAGUAGCCCUGCCCUACCUGGGUUUACCAGCCUUAUGGAGAUAGAGGAUGAGGAUAGUGAAGGCCCGGGAAGCGGAGAGAAUCAUCUACAGCAUUCACCCAACCAGUCCUACCUCUGUAUCCCAUUUCCUCGUGGAGAGGAUGGGGAUGGCCCCUCUAGUGAUGGAGUUCAUGAGGAACCUACCCCAGUCAACUCAGCUACCAGUACCCCUCAGCUGACGCCAACCAACAGCCUCAAGCGCAGUGGGACCCACCACCGGCGCUGUGAGGUGGCUCUGCUUGGAUGUGGAGCUGUUCUGGCAGCCACAGGCCUAGGGUUUGACUUGCUGGAAGCUGGCAAGUGCCAAUUGCUUCCCCCAGAGGAACCUGAGCCACCAGCCCGGGAGGAGAAGAAGAGGCGUGAAGGACUUUUCCAAAGGGCCAGCCGCCCUCGUCGAAGUACCAGCCCCCCCUCCCGAAAGCUGUUCAAGAAGGAAGAGCCAAUGACGUUGCUAGGAGACCCCUCUGCCUCUUUGACACUGCUGUCUCUCUCCUCCAUCUCUGAAUGCAACUCUACCCGCUCCCUACUUCGCUCUGACAGUGAUGAGAUCGUGGUGUAUGAAAUGCCAGUCAGCCCAGUUGAAGCCCCACGCCUAACCCAAUGCACCCACAACCCCCUGGUUAAUGUUCGAGUGGAGCGCUUCAAGAGAGACCCCAACCAGUCCCUGACUCCCACCCACGUCACCCUCACAGCCCCCACGCAGUCUAGUGGUCACAGGCGGACUCCUUCUGAUGGGGCACUCAAGCCAACAGCAGCCUCUGCAGCACUAGGCAGCAGGAGCCCCUCCAGCAAUGGAAUGAGUCCCAGUCCUGGAACAGGCAUGUUGAAAACUCCCAGUCCCAGCCGAGACCCAGGUGAAUUCCCCCGUCUCCCUGACCCCAAUGUGGUCUUUCCCCCAACUCCAAGGCGCUGGAACACACAGCGAGACUCUACCUUAGAGAGACCCAAGACCCUGGAGUUUCUGCCUCGGCCACGUCCUUCUGCCAACCGGCAGCGGCUGGACCCUUGGUGGUUUGUGUCUCCUAGCCAUGCCCGCAGCGCCUCCCCAGCAAACAGCUCCAGCACAGAAACACCCAGCAACCUGGACUCCUGCUUUGCCAGCAGCAGCAGCACUGUAGAAGAGCGGCCUGGACUUCCAGGCCUGCUCCCUUUACAGGCCGGACCACUGCCCCCUGCUGAGCGGACGCUUCUGGACCUGGACGCAGAGGGGCAGAGCCAGGAUAACACUGUGCCCCUAUGCAGAGCUGAACUGAACACACAUGGGCCUUCCCCAUAUGAGAUCCAACAGGAGUUCUGGUCUUAAUGUAAAAAGGGUCAGGGUGGGCAAGGGAGAAGUCGGAGGAGGCAGAGGGAGCUGGCUGGCACAGCCCGGUCUCAGUUAGACCCCCUGGGAUCCAGACCUCCUCCUUGCACUGAGAAUGCACUUUGAAGAUGGAAGGGAUGGGAGCAGGGCCACUUCAGAGGGUCUCCUGCUCUGCAGGAUCUUUUCUCCAUGUUCACUAGAGGGACUGUGUCAGCUCUGGCUGUGUAGAGAGGGGUGUAUGCGUAUGUCCCCACCCCCCGGUCUUCCUUACCUUUAGGGUGACACUGCAGAGUCAUUCAGCCAAAUCUGUCCACUGCCUCUCCUCCUCAGCCAGCCACAGCUGUCCUGGAUUCCCUUUGUCAGCCCUGAGUCCUACCUGUUCACACCCUUGUACUCAUGUUCUGUGAUUGAUCUUAUUGUCCACUCUUCCCACGAUUUGGUGUCACCUUUGGUAUUUGAUGAGUGUCUUGUGUCCUAAGUCCUUUCGUGCCAGCCGAUGGGGAUAGGCUGGCCUUACAAAGGCCAGAGGGCUUGACAGACCUGGUACUGACUACCUGUGUAAAUCUUGAGAACUGAGAGUUCAGAGAGGGAGGAGAGGAGGCAGUCAGGAGCAGUGCACUCAGGUUGGGUGGGGAGGGUAAGAGAGUCAUGCCUUGGUUUGGUUUGGGUUUGGGUUUUAGAAACAAAGGCAGAAAUCAGCACCUGUUGCAUGGCUUGGGUUCAGAUCACAGUUACACCAGGUUUGAAUAUAAGCAGAUCCAUCUGAGGAAUGGGAGACACACUCACUGACCCCAUUUCUGGAGUCAGGAACAAUGCCUGCAUUUGUCUGUCUUGGUGGGCUUCCAUUCUUUCCUCCAGUUCCUGGAAUCAGUGAGCUUUCGGUCUGGUGUGAUUCAAAGAUACGCCUGAACUAUGUCAAUAGCAUAUGAGGUUGGGUCCUGGACCAUGAGGUAUGGAACUAUAGGGAUUUCUUCAUCGGACUGUCCAUUUUGUGAUGUCCUUGAAGUAAAUGGAGCCCUUAGUAAUAAUGUUUGGGUGCAGUGAGGCAGUAUCGUGAAACAGUUCCUGAGGCGCUCAGUGGCUGCUGACACCAUCUCUCUCUCUGUACAGAGAACCUUUGUGCUGGGCCCUGCACCAUGAGCUGGGUAGAGACCAGAGAGGCUAGUGCUGGUGUGUUUAGUAUUUGUUUCUUAAAUUUGAAUAUUGAGCUUCAAAGUGUUCUCACCCAUUUUCUUCACUGUCCACUCCCUCUGAGCCCCCUGUGUUCUAUGUGACAGUAACAGCUUGGUUGAGGUUACAGUCCCCAGUGGUGGUAGAGUCUGCUUGGAUGCCUAGAGGGUUAGAGCAGACUCGUUGUGCAGCUGACCAAUUUCAUCAGUGCUGUUUCUCUGGGAAAAACGUAUGAGGUGAUGUUGGUUACCACAAGUUCUUUAUGAGCUCAUUUACCCUUUGUCUCUACCCUGUACCUCCCCCCCCCCCCCCCCCGGUUUCAGACAGGGGAUCAGUGCUGAUGGUGUCAGCCAGGGUUUUGCUAUAAUAUCUGAUCUUCCCUCUUGGUUCUGUGAAAUGAGAAUGGAAGAGACUAACAUUGCCUCCAUACUGUGAUAGGAGAGGAGAGCUCGUGAACCCCAUUGUCCCGGCCAACCCACUGAUGAUGCUCACUUGUUCCAAGCCACAGUCAUCUGCACACCUUGGCUGCAUUAAAGCUUUAAGGUUGGCUCCAGCUGACUCCAUCCUGUGCCCCAGCCCUAAGCAGAGCUUUUUCCUAUCCAUGUAUUUUGACUGUAGCCAUCUCUCCAGGAAAGGCAUUGUUACAGAUGCAGUGUACCCUGAGUGACUGCUACAGGCCACUGAGCAACGGGUAGAAUCUGGUUCAUCUCCACCCAACAUUCGGACGGAGGAAGGCUUUGCUAAAAAGAUGAUCGUACCUGAGAGAAGUGAAAGUGGAGCUGUGUAGACUGCUGCAGUGAGCAUGGGUUAGCAUGGAGGAAGGGGUCUUGUUGAGCUCCUCCAAACCUGUGCAAUGCUGGCCCACUGCCCGCCAUGCUUCCGUGCGAGCCUAGAGAUAGGAUGAGUGUUAGGAAGUUACCGUUUGUGUGACAUAGGUUCCUUUACCUGUGGUCAUGGUCAAGACCAGGCCGGGUAGCUGUGAAUAAACCCACUUAAGUGACAGUUGCUUCUCCCUUCGCUUCCCUUUCCUCAAAGACUUGGCUGUCCGCUUGGAAUGCGUGUCCGCUACCUUCAAGCUGCUAACAGGAUUGGAUACUGUUCUUUUCUUUGAGUCUUCUCAUGCCUUCACUUGCCAGUGCUUAGCCUUAGAGAUCCAGGCUACUGCUAGGAACUGAGAAAAUGCACCCAUUGCUACUUAACAGCUAUGUCCAGGAAGCUGGCAUGGAUGCUUUUCACUUGGUAUCCUUUGACAUCCCUGUGACCUUGUAGGCAUCAUAAUAAUGAUAGCCUACCUUUGAACAACUCAGAAUAGGGAUGUUUUUCCUUCUGACCUUUUAAAAAAAGGGGCAUUUUCCUCACAUUCAAUACACUUGUCUCAAGAACAGGAAGACAGACAGACAGACAGACGCUGAUUGGAUGGUUGAGUCUGGCCGCCAGGCUCUGAGACCGCAUAAGUUGGCCUGCCUCCUCUGUUCUGCUUUUCUUGCAUGACUUCUGGUCCUGUGUCUUGAUCUGUCUCAGGUUUCCUUCUAAAAGCCUUUAUCAUAUACUUCCUUUGCAAGGGCAUUGAGACGCUGUGGCGCCCUGCCAGCUUAAGGGCCAGCUUCUUCCGCUGCAGGAUGAAUGUACUGAAGCUGACAGUGUGGUUCUCACCAUCUUUGCCUCAGGGCGUCUUGCCUUAGUUUUAUCCUUUGGCUUCUGAAAGAUGAGUGGUUUGAAGUGGAAUUGGUUGAACAUGAUUAAUGGGCUCCCAGGCCAGGCGUAUGUAUGCUCUCCCACCACAUCAGGUAGCCCAGGUGACUACAUGAUCAUUUCCUAAUUCUCUCCCCCACUUAGCCUGCCCAGCUGGGUGUCUUUACCAUUGGUGUCUUACUGAGAAAACGGGAGCUGGGUGGCAGUUUGCUGUCUCUGUGUUUUUGAGGAUCAUCCGUAGGGUCAUACUUGAUAAGAAUUCAAAAUCAGGCCAGUUCUGGAAUAAUCUUUGGGAAAAGGGUCCCUAGCCAUGGAACAUCAUAUAACAAAAGGAUAAUUCUCCUCAUAGGAACCCCUUUACCCUCAGGAUGCUGCUCAGGGACACAAGACAUUGCCGGGUGUCUAGACCUGACCCUUGCUCCAUGCUUUUGGCCCAUGAGAAGGGCCGUUUUUAACUCAUGAAGUUCAUGUCUUCUGCUCACCCUCUUCUUUCCUCUGCUACCCACCCCCACCUUGUAACUGCAUCUCCCAUUUGCUACCAAGCUUUUAACAGAAUAAAGAGCAGUGGGCCCUGGAGGCUGGUGGUUGUGAGUGGACACCUCUCCACUUUGGAUGCAGGGCCCCCGACUUCUUAUCAUGUUUAUUUGAUCAUGUGCCUUUGGUGGGUGUGUGAGGAAUUGCACAAUCCGACAGGUCAGAAGCACACAUCUCUGCCUCUAGAAGGCCUGGGAAAGAGGCAGGUCCUACUGUUGGAACUUCCUCUAAGGACUUGUGUAGACUGGAACUGAGGUAGAGGUUAAGAGUGGCCCUCAGGAAGUUGUGGAUGGCAAGAACCUUGCAACUUAAGCUGUCCAUUUUCAAGUCAAAAUUUGCCAAUAUCUGACCCUCAAAAGCCCUUCUGUGAACUGGGGGUGAUGCUUACUCCUCUGCUUAAAGCCCUUCUAACUUUAAAAACUACCAUCUUAGCUAAGUUCGGGGAUGCAUGCCUGGAAGGCCAGCUACUCAGGAGACUGAAGCAGGGCAGUUGCUUCAGCCCGAGGUGUGAUGUCAGCAACAUAGCAACCUAGCAAGGUCCUGUCUCUUAAAUGUGUGGUGCCAGAGCCCCAGCUCCAGCACAGAUAGCGUCACCUUGCAACACCGCUUCCCUUGGUGGAGAAAAGUGAGAAUGUUGGUGACAGGAGGUCAAAAGCUAAAGUUGGCCGCUCCAUAUGGCUUAAUCACACAGCACUUGUCAUUGUCCUUGGCUUGACCCAAGAAUGACUUCCUGUCAUGAUACAGUUGCUGGAAACACAUUUCCAGAUGGCAAAACAGUAUUUUCCUAGUUCAAAAAUUGUAAUGAAAUCCACAUAUGAAAGGAGAAAGGCCCUUCUCCUUGGGCUCUUCCCUGGCAUUGAUACCCUGGGGCUUACCAUCUCUGGUGCUUAGUUGGAAGGCAGGAACCAGGAGCUGGAAUCUUCUUUGAUUAAGGGUAAUUAAUACAUACCUAACUAGUCAACCCCAGACCCGGGCUCCUGGUUAGGUCUGCAAGCCAGGUAAGUCUCUUUUAUUUUUUUCCUUGAGCUGCUUCUAGGUAUUCCCAUUCACUGCCUUCUCUGUCCAUUUCUGGUUGUGAACCCUGAAGACACCUGGGCCUCCCUAAGCUGCUGGAGAAGUGCUGGACUGAGUUCAGAGUAUUGGGUUCUCCUGAGCUCUGCCCUAGCGCUGACUGGUCCUUGAUUUCUUUGAUGCCUUUGUCGUCCCUGCAUCCUCUCCAAGUCUCACGGUGGAAGAGAGAAGAUCCUGGGGAUUGAGAGCACUAACCUGGAGCUGGGAGCUCCUUUGGAAGCUGCCUUGCUCUGCUCUGACUGACCCUCUAACUGCUCUGCCCAGCCCUUGGAUUGUCAGAUGUGACAGCAAGAUGGUGUCUUAGGAUGGGAAAAGAGAACACAAACCUAGUGUUCAAAGACCAGCCUUUCUUACGGGGGCCGGAAGGGUGGAAGCCCUCAGGUCAGAAUGGCUGUAAGGGAAAACCUGAUGUGUGAAGACCCCUUGGAAGUGAUACAGCAUGCUUUGCACUCACUCAAGACGAAGUUUCAAAAGUUCUGUGCUGCCCUCGCUCCUGCGAUCUUUCACACCGCCAUACCUGCAGACAACCUUAGGGCUGAGCACUGACCAUGUCAUGGAUGGUUUUUUUUAAAUUAAUUUUGGCAUUUUAGAAAGUUACACUGAAGUAUGGUUUAGCCUUUGAUUACUAAUUUUUUAUUUUCACCUCCCUUUGAAAUUUGUAUCCAAUGCAAGUGCCUCGCUCUCCCCAACCUGGUAUGGGAUAGGCCCUGCCUACCUGCCUGCCUGCCUGCUGGGGCUCCAGAUGGAGCUGUGGUAUUUGACAUAGGCUUUGUGUUUUGUCUUCAUUACCACCUCAUACCACACGUUCUAAGUGCUGUUUGUCACUCCUCCCCAGGGAGCCCUUGCAUUCAAAUACAACAGGGAAACACCCUGUCCCCAUCCUCAGCCUUGUAUCUGGGGUGACAUGUCCUUCCUUCGUGUUCCCCGGCUGUCUUUCAGGCUCUCAGAAGCAUUCCAGGAGCAAGUGGUCAUAUAGAGAGAAGCCUGGAGAUUCUCACCUUAAACUUCUCUGGGAAUUCUAGAAGUAGAGCUCAUUCAUCAGUCCUGGGUCUCAGGACUCUUCUGCUCCCCUGCAUGUGAGGCUUUGCAACUGUUGUCCCCCACCCCGUCCCACCCCGCCCCACCCCUGCACAGCAAACCUUCACACUGUCCACUAGGGUCGGGCUCACUGCCAUUGUUUCCCGCCUUCCCGGUCACAUCACUCAUGCCAUUUAGUCUACCUCCAGUUCCAAGGCCAUGUCUGCUAUGGCUUUUAUUUAUUAUUUUUCCUAUCAUCAUUACUUUGGACAGGGUUUUAUGUAACCCAGACAGGCUUCAAACUUGCUAUAUAUAGCUGAGGAUGACCUUGUACUUCUGACCCUGCAGCCUCCCAUCCCAGAUGCUAAGAUUAUAGCGUGGGAGUUAGCUUUCCUUAUCCUGACAGUAUUUCCUUGCUGUCAGAAUAAGAUGAGGGUUUAUCCUUGCCCAGGUGUGGAGCUGAAUGACAGAUUUCAAGAAACACUACUAACUCUUCCACGUAAGGAGGCUCUGUCUGGAAAUUUCUGUGCAUGUAUUUUGUGACUCCUUAUACAGUGCUCCCCAGAGUUGGUGAGUAUUACCUGCAUCCAGGAAUGUGUGGACAGACUUGGGGUGUUCGUACUGUAUGCCUAGAGUCACAGGGCUGGUAAGCAAGUUGCUGAUCUCUCUGCCCUAGCCUGUGAGCACAUUCCUGGACCACUGUUGCAAAGCCUUGAGGUGAAAUGAGUCCAUCUUGGGUCCUCGUAGGUUCUGAAAUCACCCCCUUCCCAAGGAGUUGUGUUCUCUGGCUGACCCCUGUGAUCUACCCGAGCCCAGCAAACUCUGUUACCGCUGAUGGUAGCUUUCACCUUCCCCUUUCUCAGUUCUGCGGGGAUUCUGAUCUCACUGGGAUGACUGCCUACCCUCUAGCCCCUUUCCUCCCAGCACCAAGAAAGACCUGGGUCUCUGCUGUCCGACUUGGAGCUUCCUGAUAUUGCUCCUCCACUUUCCUCCAUUCCUAGUUCUGGGAGGUUGGAAGAUCUGUUUCAGCUCCUGUCGUCUAGGGAGAUCAGGAUGUUGUCCUUUUGUCGCCGUGAGCCUUGGUACCCAGCUAGCAGAGCAGGGAGUUGUGCUCCGCUUCCCCUGGCCCCUGUUCUUCACCUUUGUCCACAGCCAGGCCUCCCCAGACAGUGGUCUGAGGCUCUGUUCAAGGUCUCAAGGAGAGGCAUUGGAUAGGCUCUAGUUUUCUAAAAAAAUUGUCUUUGGGCUUUCUCCUGUUAGGGCCCUUGAGUCUAGAAGGUAUGGUAAGAGCUGUUUGUUUUGUUUGUUCAAUAUUUAACUACAGGCUUCCUUUCCUGCAACAGUGUCUCCUCUUCUCUGUGUGUCCUGAGUCCCUCCUUGAGUCCCUAUUUGCUUUGGAAUUUAAAUUAUUGUGUAUUGUCAGAAGUAUUUAAAGACGGAAAAGUCCUGAAGGAAGCUUAUUAUCAGGUUCUUUCCUUUGGCUUUUUCUCUUCAUUUCUUUCAAGGUACUGUACGUUGUUGAUGGGAUGCCAAGCGGGCUUGGUUCAGUUGGCCAAGCCUCCCACUGUAUUACAGUGUAAUGCUUAUCUCAGCCUGGUCCCAACACCAGAGCUCUCAGAGACUUGAAUAAAACUGUCAUACUGGUUACUCCU